GUGGCCACCAUUAUUCCCUCCACCGUCUCAGCCCCACUCCACCGCUCCCUUCAAAAGGCCGGCCCCCUCCCCCGACUCCCACAGCGCCACCGUACAUGAUAUUCCCACCUGCCGUAAGCCGCCGCAGAUGGCCGCCUCCUCUUUCCCCCACUAUACCCUCUCGUUCUCCUCCUCUUCCGCCGCUCUAAGCCCGAACCCCAGGUCCGUUCCAAGGCGGCCCGCCGUCAUAUCCUGCACCUCUUCCACCUAUGAUCCAUCCCCGCUUGUAGAGGCACCAGCACCGCUUCCCAAGACCAUCCGGGACGAGGCAAGGCGGCUGCGCGGGCCCCCGCAGUCUUUCUCUGCCAAGUACGUCCCGUUCGGGUCGGGCUUGGACUCAGCAGAGUCGUAUUCCCUCGACGAGAUAGUUUACCGGUCCCGCUCCGGCGGCCUCCUCGACGUGCAGCACGACAUGGAGGCCCUUAAGUCGUUCCCCGGCGCGUAUUGGCGGGAACUCUUCGACUCGCGCGUGGGCCGCACGACUUGGCCUUACGGCUCCGGCGUCUGGAGCAAGAAGGAGUGGGUCCUCCCGGAGAUUGACUCCGACGACAUCGUCUCUGCCUUCGAGGGCAACUCCAAUCUCUUCUGGGCCGAGCGGUUCGGCAAGCAGUUCCUAGGGAUGAAUGACUUGUGGGUGAAGCACUGUGGAAUCUCUCACACGGGAAGCUUCAAGGAUUUGGGAAUGACUGUAUUGGUUUCUCAGGUGAACCGCCUCCGAAAGCUGAACUGUCCCGUGGUCGGUGUGGGCUGCGCUUCCACCGGGGACACGUCGGCGGCCCUCUCGGCAUACUGCGCCGCUGCUGGGAUCCCUUCAAUCGUCUUCCUGCCUGCGGAUAAGAUCUCGAUGGCCCAGCUUGUUCAACCCAUUGCGAACGGGGCGUUCGUGCUGAGCAUUGACACCGACUUCGAUGGCUGCAUGAAGUUGAUCCGAGAGGUCACCUCUGAAUUGCCAAUCUAUCUGGCCAAUUCUCUGAACAGUCUCCGGCUCGAGGGGCAGAAGACUGCCGCGGUCGAGAUCCUUCAGCAAUUCGACUGGGAAGUCCCCGACUGGGUCAUUGUCCCGGGGGGCAACCUCGGGAAUAUCUACGCUUUCUACAAAGGUUUCCAUAUGUGCAAGGAACUAGGCCUAGUGGAUCGGAUGCCGAGGCUUGUCUCUGCCCAGGCGGCGAAUGCAAACCCACUGUACCUCUAUUACAAGUCAGGGUGGAAGGACUUUAAGCCCGUGAAGGCAAUGACGACUUUUGCCUCGGCGAUCCAGAUUGGGGACCCAGUCUCAAUCGACCGGGCAGUCUAUGCCCUGAAGAACUCGGACGGGAUAGUGGAAGAAGCAACCGAGGAGGAAUUAAUGGAUGCAAUGGCACAGGCUGACUCAACCGGGAUGUUCAUAUGCCCUCAUACUGGGGUAGCUCUAGCUGCCCUGAUUAAACUCAGGAACAGGGGAGUCAUCCGGCCCACUGAUCGGACUGUGGUGGUUAGCACAGCACACGGCCUGAAGUUCACUCAAUCAAAGAUCGAUUAUCACUCGAAGGAUAUCAAGGACAUGGCGUGCCGGCUCGCGAACCCUCCAGUGAGUGUGAAGGCGGACUUUGGGUCGGUGAUGGACGUGUUGAAGAGACAUUUGAAUAGUGCUCCCAAGUAUUAGGAUAUCUGUUGUACAUUUCUUUAGCUUUGCCACUCCCAUAAUUACGAUUUUCUUCUUCUUGGUUGUAAAAAUUAUCGCACCGGAGUGUUCUAAAUUUUCACUGCAGGUUCUAAAUGAGACUGAACAAAAAAUCGCACCUUGAUAUGAGCAUUUGAGUAUUUGCAGAAUCAGGUAAUGUCAUUAAUUACUUAUUUGA